AUGUCCUGGAAUUAUUGCUCAAUAACAGGUGAAUAAUUAACUGAUCCAGUAAUAUCUAAAAAAACAGGACACAUAUACGAACGCCGAAUAAUUGAAAAAUACAUAGAACAAUCUGGCACAGAUCCAAUAACCAAUUAACAACUAACAAAAGAAGAUUUACUUCCUGUUUAAACCACCUUAUAAAAAAACCCAGACCAUUAACAUGUACAUCAAUACCUGGUAUUUUGA